UCCUCCGCAAAAGAAAUUGGGAUUGGGCCUAGUUUCUAUUGAGUAGUGGCAUAUUGCUAAUUUUCUCUCUUCCUCCAGGCUGCUCGGCGCUCCCAUCAGGCACCGGCCUUCCGUUGCCAGCGGAGCGAUCUUUCUCCGCGGCCGGCUGCCGCCGCUGUACUUUUCGGGAUCCUCCGGCCGGAGGCGAGGCCAGCAGUGGGCCCGAUUCGACCUUCUGGCCUCUGAUUUGAUCCGGUUGGGAUAGUGUUGAGCGAUGGAUGCGCUCGUGGCGAGCUACGCAUCUGACUCCGACACCGACGGCGAUGCUCCGGCGCCCACCGAGUGCGAAGCCGCCCCGGAGCCUCCGGAGUCUUCCGCGUUGCUCCCUCCCCCGCCCCUCGACCUCCUCCAGCCCCCAAACUUCGUAGAUUACUCGACAGUGGUGCAGGGGAGUCGCGUCCGGAGCUUCCCUCAUGUGGAAGGCAACUAUGCGCUACAUGUCUACAUCCCUGUGGUUAUACCUUCUGAUGCAAGGAAAUACCUGGCCUUUGUUAUGAAAAGAGCAGCAUCUUGUGUGCCAGAUCUCUAUGCUGUUGAUGCAGAUUAUGCACUUUCUGAGUUGUGCAAGGAUGAACAAAAGCUUGAGAAAGUGCUUCUGAGCAGGGAGUUUCAUGUAAGUUUAGGAAGAACUGUUGCAAUUCAGGUGCAUCAAAUUGAGUCCCUUGUUGCAAUGCUUCGGCAAAAGUUUCGCCCACAACAACAGUAUUGGAUGGACUUCAACAAAUGGGAGCAUUUUACCAAUGAUGAUUGCACAAGGUCAUUUCUUUCGUUAGAAGUUACAAGUACUGGGUUGCCAGAGAUUAGUAGACAGAUAUCUAUGGUAGAUGAUGUAUAUCGCUUACACGGUCUUCCUGAGUUCUAUAAGAAUCCACGGCCACAUAUAUCAUUGGCAUGGGCAUUGGGUGAUGUUAGCUGCAAACUGAAACAAGCAAUUAAGGAGAUCGAACAAUCUCAGAGCAGCAUGGGCACAUCUCAAAAAUGCCAUCUGAGAUGCAAGUUUAGUCACGUAGUAUGUAAAAUAGGCAAGAAAGUGUAUGAUAUCUGUAAACUUGUAGACUGAAAUACAACUUCUUGUGCACUUGAAUGGGAAUGUUUUGUAGCAUUGAGUUCUAGGCUUGAAACAGGGAUCUACAACUUAGCAUACAGACAGAGUGAAAGUAAGUUCGAGAAAACCACAAGAUUAUUCUUUUGGUUGCGAGUU